AUGAUAUGGGCCAUACAUAGUCUUGGUAAUUUUGGGCCACUGGGGAUAGUGCAGGGGCAGCAAAUCCUACACAUGCCAAUGGGCAUAAACAUGGUGGCAACUCUUCUUUCGACAAAUCCUUCUGUCCCGUUCAGGUUCUGGAACAAAACCCGCCUCCUACUAACACGCCAUUACCGUCGUCACUCACAACGCUCUCACACAAACAUGGCCCGAGAAGAAGGGAUUGUCUCGUUGCAGGAAUGGCAGGGUUGGGGCACCACCUCCCCUCUACCCGCCAUGGUGGCCCAGAUAGUCGACGAUUUGAAAGGUCUUGAACAAGACUUGGAUGCCCACAUGAGCUUUGGCGGCAAUGGUGGAAAGCUACAGGGGAAUUUCAGAUUACAAGAAGAUAAGAAACACCGUGCGACGUAUCAGGCUUUAGGUGAUUCGGAGAAGAAGCUUCAAUUUUAUUCGGCCCGACAGAUAGCUUGUCGCGUUCUAGGUAGCCGGGGUUACCUUUGUCAGAAGUGCUGGCUUCCCAUGGAGGAUUGUAUGUGUUCAAAACUCACAUCCUGCUCACUCUACCCGGGAAUAAGGUUUUGGCUGUAUAUGCAUCCCAAGGAUUUCUUGAGACAGAACAACACUGGAAAGAUUUUGUGGCAGGUCUUUGGGGUUGAUGCAGCAUCUCUGUGCCUUUUUGGUAUUCCUGAACACGAGGAAAUCAUGUGGAAUUCCUUUAAAACGGCAGGAAAAGGUAACGUGUGGUGCCUUUAUCCCAACAAGAGUGAAGUUCCGAAGUCAGUUCAAAAUGUAUUUGAUCAGGAACCAGUUACAAGUGAUGAAGUUGCACCAACGGAGGUGAAAGUAGAAACAACCCUGCAUUUUAUUUUGAUUGAUGGGACAUGGAGCAACUCAGCAGCAAUGUUUAAGCGCCUUCAGGAUAAAGCAAAGUUAGUUUGGGGGGAUGAGGACCUACCUUGUAUAUCCUUAAACCCUGGUGCUUCUGCUAUGCAUAAACUUAGACCACAACCAUCGUGGGAUCGGACAUGCACAGCGGCAGCUGCCGCAGGCCUGCUCUCAGAGCUCCAACUUCUUCCACAGUUUAGUUCCAUUGAAUUGGACAAACAGGCAGAAGCAGUGGAACAUGCUUUAACGGUCUUAUUAGAUGCCCUCACAAAGAGGCGUGUUCGCAUGGGAAGAUCCAUAACAAGAAAGGUGAGGCAAACCAACAUACGAUAG